UCUAAUUCUCCCUCUGAAGCGCGCAACCUGUGGACUUGGUUUCUGAGGGAUGCGACCAGGCAAGAGGCUGGUGGGCGCGCGCUCUGGCGCCCGACCCAGUGGCGACCGGUGGCAUCUUCAGAGGCAAACCCCCACUCGGGUACCUCUGGCGGGGGUCUGGCGACUCAGGCAGGAAACCAUGACUGUACCCUUCUUGCCCCACAGCCUUUCUGUCCCCCUUUGGCUCCCUUAAUUGAUGAGCCAGUGACUAUUGGCUGAAGUUCCCCAGCGAUUUGCAUGAACAGAGAGGGAGUGUCUUCUGGCGCCCUCCCGUCAGGAGCGCGCUGACUGCAGCCUUCCUGGGAAUGCACGGCGGAGGGAAUGCGCGCAGCUCGCGGGCCCUGGCAGUGAGCUGGCGCUUGGAGACCUGGCACCCGCGGCUGGAUAUGGGGCAUCUAAGUCGUCCCAGGAGCAGCACCAACCACAGAAACCUGCCGCAUCUGCUUCUGUUUUUCCUCUUCGUGGGACCCUUCAAUUGCCUGGCGAGUUACAGCCGGGCCACGGAGCUGCUGUACAGCCUGAACGAGGGGCUGCCCGCGGGGGUGCUCAUUGGCAGCCUGGCCGAGGACCUGCGGCUGGUGCCCCGGGCCGCGGGGAGUCCGGACCAGCAGGCGCAGUCCCCGGAGCGCUCGCGCGCAGAGCGCAACCCCCCUCUCUCCUUCAGCCUGGCCUCCCGGGGACUGAGCGGCCAGUACGUAACCCUCGACAACCGCUCUGGGGAGCUGCACACUUCUGCCCAGGAGAUCGACCGGGAGGCCUUGUGUCUCGAAGGCGGUGGAGGGGCUGCCUGGGGCGGCAGCAUUUCCAUCUCCUCACCUUCUGCUGACUCUUGUCUUUUGCUUCUGGAUGUGCUAGUCCUGCCUCAGGAAUACUUUAGAUUCGUGAAGGUGAAAAUCGCUAUCCGGGACAUCAACGACAAUGCCCCACAGUUCCCUGUUUCCCAAAUCUCUGUUUGGGUCCCAGAAAAUGCACCGGUAAACACCAGGCUAGCCAUAGAGCAUCCUGCCAUGGACCCAGAUGUAGGCACCAACGGGGUGCAGACCUACCGCUUACUGGACUACCAUCGUAUGUUCACCUUGGAUGUGGAGGAGAAUGAGAACGGGGAGCGCACCCCCUAUCUAAUUGUUAUGGGCCUGCUGGACAGGGAGACCCAGGACCAGUAUGUGAGCAUCAUCAUCGCUGAGGAUGGUGGGUCUCCACCGCUGUUGGGCAGUGCCACCCUCACCAUUGGCAUAAGUGACAUUAAUGACAAUUGCCCUCUCUUCACAGACUCACAAAUCAAUGUCACUGUGUAUGGGAACGCUACAGUGGGCACACCGAUUGCCGCUGUCCAGGCUGUGGAUAAAGACUUGGGAACCAAUGCUCAGAUCACCUACUCUUAUAGCCAGAAAGUUCCCCAAGCCUCCAAGGAUUUAUUCCAUCUGGAUGAAACCACGGGAGUCAUUAAACUUUUCAGUAAGAUUGAGGGAAGUGUUCUUCAAACUCACAAGCUCACCAUCCUUGCAAACGGACCAGGCUGCAUCCCUGCUGUGAUCACCGCCCUGGUGACCAUCAUCAAAGUCAUUUUCAGACCACCUGAAAUUGUUCCUCGUUACAUAGCAAAUGAGAUAGAUGGUAUUGUGUACCUGAAAGAACUGGAGCCUGUAAACACUCCAAUUGCAUUCUUCACCAUAAGAGACCCAGAAGACAAAUACAAGGUGAACUGCUACCUGGACGGUGAAGGGCCAUUUAGGUUAUCACCCUACAAACCAUACAAUAAUGAGUAUUUGCUAGAAACUACAAAACCUAUGGACUAUGAGUUGCAGCAGUUCUAUGAGAUAGCCGUGGUGGCCUGGAACUCUGAGGGAUUUCAUGUCAAAAAAAUUAUUAAAGUGCAACUUUUAGAUGACAAUGAUAAUGCCCCUAUUUUCCCCCAACUCUUGAUAGAACUAACCAUUGAAGAAAACAACACACCCAAUGCCUUUUUGACUAAGUUACAUGCUACAGAUGCCGACAGUGGAGAGAGAGGCCAUGUUUCAUAUUUUCUGGGGCCUGAUGCGCCAUCAUAUUUUUCCUUAGAUAGUGCCACAGGAAUUCUGACAGUUUCUACUCAGCUGGACCGAGAAGAGAAAGAAAAGUACAGGUACACAGUGAAAGCCGUGGACUCUGGAAAGCCACCUAGAGAAUCAGUAGCCACAGUGAUGCUCACAGUGUUGGAUAAAAAUGACAACAGCCCUAGGUUUAUCAACAAGGACUUCAGCUUUUUUGUGCCAGAAAACUUUCCUGGAUAUGGUGAAAUUGGAAUAAUUAGCGUAACAGAUGCUGAUGCUGGACGGAAUGGGUGGGUUGCCCUCUCAGUGGUGAACCAGAGUGAUAUUUUUGUCAUAGACACAGGAAAGGGCAUGCUGAGAGCUAAAGUUUCUUUGGACCGAGAACAACAAAGUUCCUACACUUUAUGGGUCGAAGCUGUGGAUGGGGGUGAGCCUCCCCUCUCAUCUACUGCAAAAAUCACGAUUCUCCUUCUAGAUAUCAAUGACAACCCUCCUCUUGUUUUAUUUCCUCAGUCUAACAUGUCUUACCUACUGGUUUUGCCUUCUACUCUUCCCGGGUCCCCGGUGACAGAGGUCUAUGCUGUUGACAAAGACACAGGCAUGAAUGCUGUCAUAGCUUACAGCAUCAUAGGAAGAAGAGGUCCUAGGCCUGAAUCCUUUAGGAUUGAUCCUAAGACUGGCAACAUUACUUUGGAAGAGGCAUUGCUACAAACAGAUUACGGACUCCAUCGUUUAUUGGUGAAAGUGAGUGAUCAUGGUUACCCCGAACCUCUCCAUUCCACCGUCAUGGUAAACCUAUUUGUUAAUGACACUGUCAGUAAUGAGAGCUACAUUGAGAGCCUUUUGAGAAAGGAGCCAGAAAUUAACAUAGAGGAGAAAGAACCACAGAUCUCAAUAGAACCGACUCAUAGGAAGGUCGAGUCUGUCUCCUGUAUGCCCACCUUAGUGGCGCUUUCUGUAAUAAGCUUGGGUUCUAUCACACUCGUCACAGGGAUGGGUAUAUACAUCUGUUUGAGAAAAGGGAAAAAGCAUCACAGGGAAGAGGAAAAUUUUGAAGUACAAAUGCCAUUAAAAGGAAAAAUUGACUUGCAUAUGAGAGAGAGGAAACCAAUGGAUAUUUCCAAUAUUUGAUAAUUCAUUGGGAUGUUUUAACGGACUUUGUGUAGUCUGUACCACUUAAACAAGAGUGUGUGGAUGGCAGGUCCAGUGAAGGACGACUAAUUUAUAAGUUGUACUAUAUUGUAAAUAACUGUUUACAGGUUUUUAAAUUCAAAAUCAGAGGUUAUAACAUGUGUACAGCAUUUUUUAAUGAAAAUUGGUACUAACAGCUAUAGAACUGUUAUUAAAAAAAAAAGCUUGGACAUGAUUUGCAGCUUUCAUAAACCAAGCAGGUGAUUGAUAAAACCUGGGAACAAAGGUAAGAAAAUGUAUAUUGCAUUUUUUUGUCUAAAAAGUCCUUUAACCACAAGAGGGCAUCAGUUGAUCCUUUGCAAAGAACUGUUUUGAGCUAUUGUACAUGAUAGUUGUUGUACAUGAAAUUAAUGAGAGUAUAUUUUAAAUAUAUUGUUUUUAACAUUUAACAAAUAUGAAAUUAAAAUAAAUUGAAUUUCCCCCUUAAAUGUAUAAUAAAAAGAAAUGCAUUUAUAAAUAGAAUGAUUAUUACCUCACAAGUACAUUCUGUAUAGUUUGAAAGAGAAGGCAUUACAAAGAAAGUGCAAUUCCUUUUUAGCUAGGAUAAAAACAUCAAACUGUAUUAAAGAUUUAACUUGCUGAAGAGUAUUUCACUUUCUGUGUACUCAAAUCAUUUUCUGUUUGUUUUACCACUGCACUGGCUAUUAUAACAGGGAGAUACAUAUAUAUAUAUUCAUAUGUAUAUGUAUAUGAAUAUAUAUAUAUUCUGUACAGAAAAUGUAUCUAGAAACUUUGUCCAAGAAAAACAGUCACAAGCAAAGAAAUGUUUCACUCCUUAGUUGCUUCUUAGGUGUUCAUGACAUUUUUGUGCUUUCACAAGUUGUCAAUAGUGCUUUAUGCUUGGGUUAUAUAUUAGCUUUUUAAAUCCUUAAAUUCAGUCAUCACAUAGAAAACAGAAAUUACAUUAAGAUGAAAUUAUUCUAGAAGCUAGAGUGGAUGUUUAGGUUGGGCAUUUUAUAUGAAAGUUAUACUUAUCUUUUUGUUGUUGUUUAGGUUUGUUGGCUACCAUUUCUGGCUUCCUUUCUCUGGCUUUGGAUUAAGUCCAAGAGUUUAUUUGUAAGCCCAGCAGCAGAUUCUUUGAUAAUUUAGCUUUUACUGAAUCCUUUGCAAUGCAGUAAGCUGGUUCAUCAGUGAUUGAUUGCAUUCACUUCAUUGUGUGAGCUAGAAAUUUCAUUUUACAUGAGAUCUAUAGCAAAAGUAUCUGUAAACAAGGAAUGUGUUAGCUUAAACUGGAUCAUUCUGCUUUCUGGCAUCAUGUGUCUGUACUGUACUAAAAGUGUUUAUAUGUCUGAAAAUUAAAGGUAUAUAUUUUCAUA